AUGUCUUCUUUAGAUUAUCAUCGUUCUUCUUAUGAUCACUUGGAUGAUCGUAAAAGACGUUUAACAGAUAGAGAUGAAUAUGAUUCUGGAAGACGUUAUAGCAAUGGUCGUGUUCGUAGUAAAGAUUCUGAUGAAUAUGUACACCGAUAUGAUUCUUCACGGGAUCAUGUAUCUUAUAAGAGAGCGGAUCCAUAUACGUUAAAUCACUUAGUUUCAUUUUCUGCUUUUAACGAAUGGUAUAAAUCAACGAACACGUCCACAGAUAUUGUAGAACAUGAGAUGUUUCAAAAAUAUGAAAUAUAUAAGCAAGAUCUUUAUGCAAGGCUUGCUAAACCUUUUGUUUAUGAACAUAUGAAUUCACCAUGGUUUAAAGAAAAAUAUUUACCUGAAUUUCGACAGUCUAUAUAUGAAAAAAUUAUUGAGAUUAAGAAAUCUGCCAGGGAUGCCUUUAUAAAGAUGUUGAAUAGCGGGAAAUUUGCUGAAUUUACCAUAGACAGUAGUGAAUCAGAAUUAGAUCAUGAACCAAUACCGAUAGAAAAUAUGAUUCAUGUUUUUGAAGAAAGUUUUGAUGAUAAUCUGAAAACAUAUAAUAAUGUCCUUUUAAUUAAAAAUGUUGCCCCGAAUGUUAGUUACGCGGAUCUUACUACGUUAUUAUCUGGAUGUCCCAUUGUAAAGAAUGUUGUACUAUCAAAUCCUAAUCCCUUUCGUGGUUUUGUGAGAGAAGCAUAUGUUGAAUUAAAUGAUACAAAUGGUGUCGAAAAUUUAAUCCAGACUAUUCAGAGUCAAAAGCCUAACGAAAAAGCUGGUCCAAUUACUGUUAUAUUUUAUAGUUCACCAUCUUGUCCAAGAAGAAUAUUGUUACCUCCUCUUAUGAAUACACCAGAAAAUCUUUCUGAAGAUUUAGAAUUUGCUAUUCAAACAGUUAAAAAAAUGGAUAAAAAAAUAGAUGAAAAUUUAGAUUUUACUGAAGAAAUUAAAGAUUAUAUGGUUUCUUUCUUUUCUAAUUCAUCAGGAGAUUUUAAUGAUGACCUUUAUAUGACGAAAAAAACUUUGGAUUUUUUAGUAGAAUAUUUACGUCAUGUUCAUUUUUUUCAUUUUUACACUGUUAACGAAUAUGACUCUAUUUAUGAGCUUGAAAAACAGUUCCCAGGACAAUUUGUUAGAUUAUCUAAUCAACAGAGUGAUUCUCAACUUUCUUUUAAACAAGAAUUAUGGAGAGCAAAAUUUGUUGAAAAAAUGAAGAUUUUUUUGGAACCAGACAAAGCAGAUCUUGUAAAACUUGGAGCUAAGCCAUUUGAUGAAGCAGUAGAGUCUAAAAUUGAAUCACAUAUUAAACAAGAAGAUGAAAAGAGAUUUCGUUGUUCUGUUAAUGAUUGUAAAAAACUUUUUAAAGGACCCGAAUUUGUUAAAAAACAUAUUGAAAAGCGACACUCAGAAUGGUUGAAUGAAGCAAAAAAAGAGUUCACCCUUUUAAAUAAUUAUGUUUUAGAUACAUCUCGUGUAUUUCCAGUCGAAGCAUAUUCAUAUUCUUAUUCAAAUUUUCAAAAAUAUUCUUAUAAGAAUAAUUCACAUAUUAUAACUAAAAAUAGUUUAGAAUUUUCCACAAAACCCUUAUCACAAUCACUCACUCUAGGAUCUUCAUAUUCUCAGUCUUCCUCAUCUGAAAAAAUAAAUAUGAACUAUGAUCAAGAUAUAAAUAAUAAAAGAUCUUUAUCAGGAAAAAGUCAAUACAAUAAAUCUAAAACUUUUAACGAAUAUAAAGGAAGAGGAGAAAAUACAAUGUCAAAAAACUAUAGAGAUCUCGAUAAUGUUGUAGAUGAAACACCUGAUUUAAAUUACUAA